UCCAAUUUAGCCCAGGAUCUUUUAACUGCUGCCAGCGGUGGAGCACAGAUCGGGAUUAGAUUUUUUCCUCCCCUGUUCCCAAGAUCCUCCUCCUGAGCGGCCACCAUGGGAAGUAAGACCCUGCCAGCCCCAGUGCCUAUCCAUCCUUCCCUCCAGCUCACCAACUACUCCUUCCUGCAAGCGUUCAACGGGCUGCCCGCCGUGCCCUCUGACCACCUCUCCAACCUCUACGGCUUCAGCGCCCUGCAUGCCGUACACCUGCACCAGUGGACUUUGGGGUACCCGGCCAUGCAUCUGCCCCGCUCCUCCUUCUCCAAGACCAAUGUGACCCUCAAAGCCAAACCCCGCUUUGACUUUGCCAACUUAGCAGUGGCUGCCACACAAGAGGACCAUUCUAAACUGGGACAGGCAGACAGUCAGGGCUCCACCCCAGGGCUGGGGUCUUUGCUUGAGGUGACUAAACUCUCUCCAGAGAAGAAACCCACACGGGGAAGGUUACCAUCCAAAACCAAGAAGGAGUUCGUGUGUAAAUUUUGUGGCAGGCAUUUCACCAAGUCCUACAACCUUUUGAUCCAUGAAAGAACCCACACCGAUGAACGGCCCUACACAUGUGACAUUUGCCACAAGGCCUUCAGAAGACAGGAUCACCUGAGGGAUCACAGAUAUAUUCAUUCUAAAGAAAAGCCUUUUAAGUGUCAAGAAUGCGGGAAAGGAUUUUGCCAGUCCAGAACGCUAGCUGUCCACAAGACACUGCACACGCAAGUAAAGGAACUGAAACCUGCCAAACUUAAGUGCUGAAUCUCCAACUUCUAUGAACUUUUCCUCCCCUUCAGACUUUACACCAAAACCAGAGCAGAAACAAAACUUUCAGGAUGGGAGCACUGAACUUUGUGUUUUGUUUUUGUUUGUACUUUAAAAAGAGCAAAAUCUACCCCCCCCUCCCCCCAGCAACUAACUUCCUAAGUCGUGGGUGAAAAGAUUAUUUUGCAUUUAAAAUAUAAAUGAAUGAUGCAGAGAGUGCUAGCUGACUUGUGUGGCUUUGAUAAACUUUAUGCCAAAAGGUGGUGCUCACGUGUUGGACAGGAAUCUCUUUAAAACCAAAGAAAAACC